GCCGAGUACGUUCCACACUUCCACCAGCUUUCUCGUGUGUCACCGCGUCGCGGGUGUGUGUACGCGCACGCCCGUCAUCAUCGUCGUGCCGUGUUGUCGUCUCCUCGCGCCGUUCACGCCGUCGUCGUCCGAGGGGGGAAGAGAGAACCACAGGGAAUCCGCGCGAGAUCCAGUGUUGUGUACGUCGGUCGCGGGGAAUUCGCGAUCCCGGAUCUCAGCGCGGCGCGUUCGCGGGAGUGCGACGACUCGAGGGAGCGAGGGAAUAACGGAAAAACGGAGAAACGGUCAGCGGGCGACGUGUGUACGUAGAGGUGCGCUCUCCUAUGUACGUGCGUGUUUGCGCGCGCGGCGCUCAUGUGUCUGCGCGCCCAUGCGUGUUCUUGCGCGCGCGCGCGCGGUUGUACGUACCUACGUGAGGAAGCGAGACGGGCGAUGGCGAAUUGACGGUGAGGAGGAGUGAAAGAGAGGCGGUGGAGGUGUGGAGUAGGUAGGUGAGAAAAAAAGUGGGAAGUGUGUCGCGCGCUCGCGGCUCGCACCGUCGUCAUCGUCGGCGAGGAGGGUGCCCGGAAGUCGCCUACUGCACGCGCCUAGUGUUGCCGCGGCACGACGAACAGGCAGCAAAUAGACAAAGAGGAAAAGGGUGACCGCGGGUGGGCGAGGUAGCCUCCCGACGUGUGGAGGAAGGGAGAGGAAAGGAGGAGAGACAGGGAGGGAGAUAGAUAGAGAAAGAGACGAGACCAGAAUACGGAGCGCUACGAAGUGGAGGAAGGCACGGUUGCGUCAAGAAAGAAGAGGUGAUCCAUCAGCGGGCGCACGAGUCUCGCAUCCGCGGGACGGAGCGGGCGGCCGAAAGAGAGAGAAAGAGACAGAGCGAGAGGACUGCGUCGCGGACGGAGGAAUGUGAGAAGCGACCGAGCGCGGUGCCGUGUAAACACGCGUUUCGAGUGCGAACCGAAGCGCGGGGGCCCACCAGCGACGUUCGAUGUCGUUGGCUUCCCCGUCGUCGUCGCCGUCGUCGUCGUCGCCGUCGUACGACAGCCCCGACGAUUCGCGUCGUAGAACUCGUGCGGGAGAGGCGACCGGGACCCGUGGCAUCGAUCAUCGUCGCCGCCGGCACGGCAGACACGCGUAAAUGAAUCCACAUCACAAAUGACGGUGGGCGGACUAGCGAGGUGCUGCUGGCUGGACUCGUCGCCGUCGCCGUCGCUGUCGUCGUCGUCGUCGUCUUCUUCGUCGAUUUAACGGACAAAGAGCGGCACGAGAUGAAUCGAAGAUUGGGAUACAACAAUUACGAUGGCAAGAUCGCCGGGCUUUACGAUCUGGAGGAAACUCUCGGCCGCGGCCACUUCGCCGUGGUGAAGCUGGCACGACACGUUUUCACCGGUGAGAAGGUGGCAGUGAAGGUGAUCGACAAGAGUAAGCUCGACGAGGUCUCGAGGGCUCAUCUUUACCAGGAGGUGCGGUGCAUGAAGCUGGUGCAGCAUCCCAACGUGGUGCGGCUGUACGAGGUGAUAGACACGCAGACCAAGCUAUACCUAAUUCUAGAGCUCGGCGAUGGCGGGGACCUCUACGAUUACAUCAUGCGCCACGACAGCGGCCUCAGCGAAGAGGUGGCCAGGACUUACUUUCGGCAGAUAGUCCGGGCCAUAUCGUAUUGUCAUCGUUUACACGUGGUGCACAGAGAUUUGAAACCCGAGAACGUCGUGUUCUUCGAAAAGCUCGGUACGGUGAAGCUUACGGACUUCGGGUUUAGCAAUAGAUUCUGUCCUGGUCAGAAGCUCGAGACUUCGUGCGGCUCGUUAGCGUACUCCGCUCCGGAAAUACUUCUAGGUGAUAGUUAUGAUGCCCCCGCAGUAGAUGUUUGGUCGUUAGGUGUAAUACUGUACAUGUUAGUAUGCGGUCAAGCGCCAUUUCAAGAGGCGAACGACAGUGAGACGCUAACGAUGAUUAUGGACUGCAAGUAUUCGAUCCCGGCGCACGUGUCCGACGGCUGCAAGCGGCUAAUCGCGAAAAUGCUCGUGCGGGAACCCGAAGGCAGAGCGUCCCUCGAGGAGAUUGCCGCGGACCCGUGGUUAACGAUCGGCUCCGACCUGGACACGAUGGAGACGCUGCCGCUCGUGUCGCGCCAACAGGUCUCCGACGAUCAUCACAAUCACAUAAUUACCAAAAUGGUUAACGGUAACAUCGCCACCAAGGAAGAGAUAUUGGACGCGCUCGACAAGAACGAGUACAACCACAUCACCGCGACGUAUUUUCUGCUGGCUGAGAUGAUAUUGCGCGGUUAUCGACAGGAGCAGAUGCAGAAAACUCGCCCAGAAGCUCUGGACGUUUCCUCGAGCCGGCAAGGUGAUCUGACAGCAAAUCUACGCGCGGAUGAGAACUCCCUGAGUACCACGAACCAGUCGCUGUUGACCGUGCCACGGACGCCUGGUGACGUACCGCAGAACGUGCGUACGCGCAAAUGCAGUAUUGUUCAAGAGGAAGAAGAUGAGGACGACGUGUCCUCGUGCUCCGGCCGAGACAGUAAUUCGGCGCUAAAUUCCUUUAACCGUCGCGGCUCCCGUUCCGAGGGGAAGCUCUCGCAUAUUCUGCAGGAGCGACUGUUGCAACUUCCGGAGAAGCACACCUGCCCGAAGCCCGUAGUACCGAGUCAACGGCAUCCGCAUCAGAAGGAGGACACCGUCAUCGCCGAAUCAUCGCACAGGGGAGAAAGACUGAAGCAGACUGCGAAAAACGAGAAGGAUAACAAGACGUCGUCGCCGAUGCAUCCAAAGGGAGCGGCAGACAAAGUCCAAACGGGUAACGUACUCUUGGAGAAGCUGCCCGUAAGGAUUACCACGCUCGAGGAAAAUCUGAAGAAUCGAUUGAGCGGCGCGAACUCUCCGUCGUCCGGAUGGGCGGCCAGAAAAGCCACCAACACGGAAGCCAGACCCAAGUCGGUGACGGAGUGUCUAAAAUCGACCGGGCCGAUACCGGCGAACAAGUGGAGAAUGGGUGCUCAGCACCAUCGGUUCAGCGUGCCGCUCACGGAAUCCUCGUCAGUGAUUCCCUCAAAACCGUCCGACGUACCUAAGACGACGAUGGCAACGACGACGACGACGACGACCACUACCAAAACGCUACAUGAAUCGUCGACCGUCUCGAUACCACUUCAUCCGAUUAGCGACAAUCAAGUGACGUUAACACCUAAGUACAAGACGAUGCCGUCGCCGGUCAGCGGUAAUUCGUCUGCGACGCAACUCACGCUCAAUGAAAUCCUGGAGGACGGGGACGGCACGCACGCGUCGGUGAAUUCCACGGAAUGCGCGGACUCGACGACCAAGUGCCGCGUCGUCAGGCGAACAACGUACGAACAACGGAGGAACAAGUUCCACAAGACGCGCACGACCUCCUGCUCGAGUUCGGACGCCAGCGAUGACGACAGCGAGAGCAGGAAGAAGAGGGCGCACAAGCUCGGCGCGUCCACGGGCAAGCCCCUACCUCCGAGACGCGACAGUCACGACGACUCGAGCGACUCGCAGGAUCCGGGAGGGAGCGGCGGCGGGCGAGGCGGAGUCGGCGGCGGCGGGAGCGGGGUGAGCAACGGCGAGCACACGACAACGGAUACACCGACCGAGAGUAAUCGGAACGACGGCGGCAGCGGCACUAACACGACAAACACGAGCACGACGAACGGAGGAGGGCGGCAUCGGUGCACCGAGAAUCAGGUAAUGUUUGGCAGGAGACAUCGCGCUGGUAGGAGAAGAACCGGUGAGACGCGAUUACGUGAGAGCCAAUCGUUGAAUCGUAUCACCGAGGUCCAGGAGGCCGAAGCACCCUCAUCCUGUCACAAUCACUGUCACGUGUCGCGCAAUUCGACUGUAAUCGGCACGCAGAACGUCUCCUCGUCGUCGGCGUCGUCGGUGUCGCAGAAUAGCACGGCUUCUCAGCACAAUGUUGUACCGCCUGUGUCUCAAAUGGCGACUAGCACGGUGCAGAAGGCGAAGGGCCUCGGAGCUAGGCUGUUGCAGAGCUGGUCGCUCGGCGGUAAGUCCCUGAUACCGCAGGUCUCAAAGCAAUCCGCUCGCAGUCCCGAUAGAAAGUGUAAUAACGGCUGUCAACGGCAAUCGGACGACAGUCAAACAACGGUCAGCGGCGGCAGCGACGAGCGUCGCGGUGAUCACAAGUGCGCGAGUCAAGCGGCGUGCAACGACAAGGAGAACCGCGGUAACGGCUCGAUGAACCGGAAUGAGUGUAAGAGCAGGAAGAUCCGGUUGUUGAGCCGUUACUUCGCCGUGCACAAAAAGCUCUGCGUGCCGCUGCCGGGUAUCUUCGGCAAGGGUCGCCUCUACAAGGCUCGCUCGUGCGGCAGCAUCACUCGCGACCGCGUGAGCCCGCCGUCGCCUAAGUCGGUGCUGCUGGUCGAGGACAAGUGGCGGGAACGUCGUCAGUGGUGUGACGCCGCGACGAAGCAGCAUCGCGGUAGCGACGGUGACAUCAAUCAGAAUCUAGGCCUCGCGCACCUCGUGCAGGAGAACAUCGUCGGUAAGGGCUGCGCCGGCAUGCCCAACGUGUGCCACAUUCAUCUCGGAGAUGCUUCCAAGUGUUGUAGCCUUUGUUGAUGAAUCGCUUCCGCUCGAAGGAGGCAGAGAACUCGAGCCGCGCUCAGAUACGCGAGAUGAGAGGACAUACCAAGUACGAGCGCGGGUGUAGGUAAGGCCGGGUCCGUUCUCUAAGUGCCAGUGGUGUAGCUAGGGUGGCAUGUGCGCGCGGGACUUCUUUCGCGACAAUCUUUUUUCGAUACUGCGUAUAAUUUCUAGCGAAUUUAUUUUGUCGAUACAGAAAUAUUCUUAUAGGUUGAGAGAUCUGAUAUAUAUAUAUAUAUAUAUAAACAUAUUUUUCUUUUUUCUUAAAAAAAGAGAAACUGCAAAUCCGAAACGGUGUAGGUGGCGUGUCUCUGACACAUCUUAAAGAGAACAAUAGCUAAUGAUUUCUAAGUGCAAAAGACCGAAGACAGAUCUGUUUAGGAACCAUUUCAUAAGCAAUUCAGAGAGUGCAAAGAGUAUUCAUAAUUAAUAUUUUGCCGAAAAGGUAACGAUCUGUUCCUCGCUGAUGCCGAAGUUACGUUAAAUUAAGAACGCGCAACCGACGUGUUCGCGCGAAGUGGUAAUCGCGUAACCACAAUAUUAAAUUAAAAGAUUACGUGGCUCCGGUCUGCCAUCAAGAAACACAUUUGACUGAUUACACCAUAUCCUUGCUGGUCUGUAGAGCACAGGGAUCAAGGCAACAAUAAGAGAAAAAGAAAGAUGAAGCGUACCGAUUUGUCGGUCGUUCUAAGAGAGCUGUAUCUAGUCCAUGUGAACAAACAAUGUAUUAAAUAUUACAGAGUUUAUGAUGAUUAUUAUUAUAUAUUAUUAUUAAUAAUAUUAUUAUAUUAUCACAAUUACUCUACUACCGCUACUAUUACUACUAUUACCGCUACUAUUACGGUCGCUAUUAUUAUUGCGAGAAAAUCAUUAUCAUCUCCAUGCUGUCGUCAUCACUUAUCAUUGCCAUUAUCAUUAUCGCCGCUUUCGUCAUAUUUUCUCUCUAAAUAUUUACAACGCGAAAAAAACGGUAGCACGUUGUAAGUUGCAUAAUGGCAUCGCAAGUAAAGCAAUUCCACGUCACGAUUGAAACUUGCGGUCGAUCGAUGCGGAGUCGUGCAGUGCGAAAAAGUGUCUUCCUUCUCCCAUUUUUUCCCCC